AUGGACAAUGUUGACCUUGAGACAGUGAAGAAAGUGUACCCGAAACUAUGUAAUGGGCUCGGGCUUGUUCAAAAACCAUACACGAUUAAGCUGAAGCCCGACGCUAAACCUUAUUCACUGAAAGUGCCUAGGCGUGUUCCACUGCCACUACUGGGCAAAGUCAAAACAGAGCUGGAGAGGAUGGAACAGUUGGGAGUAAUCAGUCGUGUGGAAGAGCCCACAGACUGGUGUUGCGGCAUGGUCGUAGCCCCUAAAAAGGACAGAGAGAAUGUCCGCAUCUGUGUGGACAUGACACCAUUGAAUGAGUCUGUGUGUCGUGAAAGAUAUAUCCUCCCCUCUGUAGACCAAACACUAGGCAUGCUCACAGGUGCGCAGUAUUUCUCCAAGCUUGAUGCUAACAUGGGCUUUUGGCAAAUACCGCUGUCCAAAGAAUCUGCUCUCCUCACCACAUUUAUUACGCCAUUUGGUAGAUACCAUUUCAAUCGUUUGCCAUUUGGUAUUUCCAGUGCACCAGAGCAUUUCCAAAACAUGAUGGUGACGGAAGUGACAGCCGGCCUCACGGGAGUCGUGUGCCACAUGGACGACAUCCUGGUCUGGGGAUCCACGAAAGAGGAGCACGACAUGAGACUCCACGCUGUCCUCGACCGUGCAGAGAAGGCGGGCGUCACCCUGAACAUGUCAAAAUGUGAGUUUGGCAAAAGAGCAGUGAAAUUCUUAGGAUUCAUUGUGUCAUCCGAAGGCAUGAGUCCUGACCCUGACAAAACUAGUGCGGUGCAGAAUAUGAAAGAGCCAAGCACCGUGAGUGAGCUUAGAAGCUUCUUAGGAAUGGUGAAUCAGUUGGGGAAAUUCAUCCCAAACCUCUCCGAAAAAGACAAACCACUGAGAGACUUGCUUUCAACUAAAAACAUGUGGUACUGGGGGCACGAGCAACAAAAUGCAUUUAGCAGUUUAAAAGAAGAACUGUCAUCCGCUCCAGUACUGCAACUUUACGACCCAAACAAACCCCAAAAGAUCUCAGCAGAUGCCUCUUCAUACGGGUUGGGGGCAGUUUUGCUACAGAAAGACAGUGACGUGUGGUCACCAGUCGCGUAUGCCUCACGAUCAUUGACACCCACAGAGCAGCGCUAUGCUCAGCUGGAAAAAGAAGCGCUGGCGCUCACCUGGGCCUGUGAAAGAUUCAGUGACUUUAUUCUGGGGCUGCACUUUGAGCUUGAGACCGACCAUAAGCCACUCGUGAGCCUACUUGGAGGGCAGGCCUUGGAUUUGCUUCCACCGCGGAUACAGAGAUUCCGCAUGCGCCUAAUGAGGUAUUCUUACACUAUAAGGCACAUUCCAGGCAAAAGCCUCACCACAGCCGACACGCUGUCACGGUUACCGCUGACACACAGUGUGAUUUCCAGAGACAAUGAUCUUAUGGAGGACACUGAUAUUUACGUUGACGCAGUGCUGGAGGGCCUUCCUACUAGCAGCAAAUACCUUGCAGAUCUCCGUGAGCAGCUACAGUCUGACAGCGUCUGUUCCCAAGUCAUGAAGUUCUGUGCAGAGGGCUGGCCUGACAGGAACCAGCUGCAGGGUGUAGUAAAACACUACUGGUUGGAAAGAGCAGUUUUGAGCGUUCACAAUGGACUACUACUGCGAGGCACAAGGUUGGUCAUACCUGCAAACAUGCGAAAUGCAGUUUUGGACAAAAUACACGAGGGUCACCAAGGGGUAGUUAAGUGUCGAGAACGCGCCCGACAAGCAGUGUGGUGGCCAGGCUUAAGUAAUCAGAUCAGUGAACUUGUCCUUAAGUGCAGGCUUUGCAUACAGGAGAGAGUUAAUGUGAGGGAACCUCUUAUGCCCACACGUUUACCUGAGAGGCCAUGGCAGAAUUUAGGAGCUGAUUUGUUCACACUAAAAGACAAAAACUAUCUGUUGGUAGUAGAUUAUUUCUCGAGAUAUGUCGAGAUUGCUCAACUCAGCCCGACUCGUUCAGCCAAUGUGAUUGUGCAUUUAAAGUCAAUAUUUGCACGCCAUGGAAUACCUGAAACAUUGAUUACUGAUAAUGGCCCACAAUUUGCAUGUCAAGAGAUGAAAGACUUUGCAAAGGACUACUGUUUUGAGCAUGUCACCAGUAGUCCCAGGUACCCGCAGAGCAACGGCAAGGCGGAGAGAGGCGUCCAGACCAUCAAAAAUCUCCUCAAAAAAGCCAGCGAUCCAUACAAGGCAUUGCUGGCAUACAGAACAACAGCGCUGGCGAAUGGCUACAGCCCGGCUCAACUUCUCAUGGGGCGCAGGCUUCGUACUACUUUACCAAUGCUUCCUGAAACCUUAGAGCCAUGUCUGCCUGAUUUUCAGCAGAUUUGUCGUUCUGAGAGAGAGAAAAGGCUGAGACAAACCGAAUGUUUUAACAAAAGACAUAGAACAAGAGAACUGGAUAAAUUGUUGCCAGGGCAACCAGUCUGGAUCACGGAUGCAAAAGCACAAGGCACAGUGACAUCAGUCCACCCGACUCCACGAUCGUACAUCAUCAGUGGACCCCAAGGGACGAUCAGAAGGAACCGCAGUCAUCUUGUGCCAAUCCCACAAACAGAGACUCAAACCGAGGCAAAACAGAUCCAGUCCACCCCUAUAGAGACUGUUUCUGAGCCAAGCGCACCCCAUACACCAGGUGUGGUUAGAACCCGGUCUGGUAGGGAAGUGAUUAAACCAAAAAGACUUGAUCUGUGAAGCUAAUUGUUUGGAAAGGAAAAAGUUGUAUUUUGAAAUGCCAAGUUUUGUUUUUGAGAAUGACGUG